AUGGCAUCCAAUCGUAGAAUCCUCUGGAAGAUGCGAUGUCGGGUAAGUGUAUCUUUCUCCUCCCGCGCAAAUCACACACAAUAUUACCUAACUAACAUUUGCUCCAGAAACUUUUACGGUAAUGGAAAGUGCGAUAUCGUCUCAAUCAGCUAUAACGUCAAAGAUUACUACCAGGAACUGCAUCCGGCAGUGAGACUCUACAAGAAUCUAACAAGGGACGACCUGCAAACGAUCUCCGUCAAUUGCCAGAGGCCGACGAACUCCAUCUUCGGAACGGUAUGGGAGACGAUUUCAGGAAAAGAGACCGAAAAAGACGCGCGGACAGACGCCGGGAAAGAGAUCAUGGUUUACCUCCCGGACCCCGCCAACAUCAGCAAUCGCGCUGCCGCCGGCUUGAUCAAACAGGACCUGAUCGAAGUCGCCGACAUUAAAAUCAGCGUCGAGGUCCACCCCAGCGGCCGAGAGGUGAAGGCCGAGGCAAAUGAGGGCAUCAAGGUUUUGUACGGGAGCCUGGCCGAUGCGAAGGAUCAGAAAGUGAAACGGACACCUCUCGGGACCAACCGAUUCCCAGACAAGGAGUCGCUGAAACCUCCCAGACCUGAGCAACAACCCUCAAAGAAAGAACCGGCCAGUCCAUCAGUUUACACUUUCACAGCAGAUCAAUGCUCGGGCGCCAUAAUCCUCCGCCUGACGCCGACCGACACGACCGACACAUUCAAAACUUACCGAAAAGCAACAGACGUCGACGACAAGGUCCAGACUCUUUUCGAUCUCGGCAACUUUGGACUAGAGACCCCGAAACUGAAGUUCUCCAAGGUUGAGAAGCUCUGGUGGGGAGAGGAGUUCACCAACGUGGAAUUCUACAAUCUGACAGGAUUUCACUUUCGUUUCCUCGAGACCAAGCAACAUGUUGCGCAUAUGCAGUUCUGGAUUGCAGUAAUCCCAGGCCCAAAAGUAGAUGCUAGGCUUCAUGAUCACACCGAUCAAGCUUUCUGGGAACUCCACACUUGCCUGUCUCAAGGAACACCACAGGAACAAGUCUCUGGUACUGAUAAGCAGGGCGGGAUGGUGGCUCCCAGGAAGGAAUACUACAGCAAGUCCUUUGACGACGUGAAGAAGCUUGAGGAGAAGUUGAACGAGGGGGCAUUCGAUUACUGCGCGCUGAUGCCCCUUGAGGAGCAUGGCAAGAUCUGGCAUACACUUGACGACGGACGAACAAUUUACCGCAAGAAUGGGACGGUGUCGUACCCGGCUCAUGCCUGGAGAGCUGGUGUAGGAAACGCGGGGGAGAAUGUAGAUGUCUGGAUGGCCCUCGAAUUUGAUGCUCGGGUCUGA